AGUGAAAUUUUGAUCAAACUAAAUAUAUCGAUGGCAAUCAGUCUUGUAUUUUUUCAGUUUCUUUGGUCUUAACACUACACAAUGCAAUGAUAUGAUGAUAAGAUAAGAUAAGAAGAUGUAUGAAUUUAGUCAAACAUGUUUAAUCAAGAGAAUUAUGCAUAUACUAUACGUGUCUGAGCACUUUUGUAUUCCGUCGAUCACAUAUUUAAGACAAAAUGGUAGUGUGUUUAUAAACAUCAUUUGUACCAUAUGCUGUUGAAUAUGCUGGUAGACUCAUUAUUAAUGAUUAACCUAACCAUUUUAUCAAUUAUAUUAAAACAUAUUCCAACUAUUGUCUAGCUAACUGUUGAUUUAUUAACCCAUGCUGUCUCUUUUAUAUGGGUUCAUAUCAUUCAUCCAAAAUACUACAUUGCAAACAAAAAACAAACAAACACAAAAACAAACAAAAAGCAAACAAACAAAAAUAAUAAAACAGGCCAUUCAAAUUUUUAAAGUAUUUUUAGCCUAAAAGUCUUGCAACUUAGCUUUUGAAAAUAAAGUCAACACAGUGUCAACCUCAGGAAGGGUUAAAACUGCGAGGAUUUGAUCCUUGGUUCUUGAGCAUGGGUGUGCCUCACGUUCAGCUGUAAAAGGGAAACUACAUGAAGUCGGGUUAAGCGCACAUCUCUCUCUCUUUCUCUUAUUCUCCCGCGACUUGAAGUGAUCUCACCUUUUUCGACUCAGGCAAAGCAAAAAGGCUAAAAUACAUACCGCAAUCAAGGACCGACUGUAGAUUAAAAAAAUGGCAGAAGGCCUGCAGAAACUUAUUGCAUCCAAGAAGGAUGUGGUGGAGAAUGUGAUGGAGGUAUUUGAGCAGGGAACAGAGGUGUUGGCCAGCAUCGCUGGAGAUCUUUUCCCUGUUUUCUCCAUCGCUGCUCCCAUUGUGAAGCUGGCACUUGAUAAUGUGGAGAGCAAGGAAGCGGAAUACAUGAAAGAACAGUUUCAGAGGGUCCGUGAGCGUCUGGAGGUUGUAUCAGAGGAGAUCCAGCGCAUAAACGAUGAGGUGAGAAAAAGCGGUAUGGACGCAGCUUACUUCUCAGUGGAGGAGAAUAUAACCAAUCAAUUUCGCAAGUACAUGGACAUACUCAAUGCGAAGCCAAAGUUUCGAGAGGCCAAGAAGAAACAAUUCCUGGACCACUUUAGCAAGUCUGGCGGAGACAAAAACUUGCACACACUUUAUGGUGCUGUGACAGGAGAUAGCUUCUCGGGAGAGUCCGUGCUUGAGAUCACUCUCAACUAUGAACAAAAGAGCCGGCGGGCAGUGGAGGACUUCUGCGCCAGACUGAAGCAGUUGUUCUGCAUAGGUCUCAUCGCUUUGAUGGGACACACAGCUCUGAAAGGUGGCGAUGACGAAGAGGAGCUGCUCCGAAACUGGGCCGAGAAGAUGAAGGUGGUCCAGUCAAAAAUGAAUGUGAUCAUUGAAGACUGCAUCAAUAGCUUCCCGAGUCAGGCUGAGAUCGAUAUCAAGCGCCUGGUGAGGAACCACAAGGACAAAAGCAACCAGCAGCUGGCUGACAUGAUCAUCGAGAACCUGAAAGGGAAGUACGACUGGGUGAGCUGGUCAGUUCGUGUCUUUAACUCGCCCAAGGGCUUGUUCACCAGCAAGAAGGACUUCCAGUGUGCCACAGGCAAGAGCAGGUUUCAGGUGCCUUCAUCAGAUGAGAAUUUGAAUGUUGUGGUAUCCUAUAGUGCCUCUCCUGAACCUCUAGACAAAGCUCAGCUCCAGCAGUUGGUGCAGGACCAGAAGAAAGUCACAGUUCCAGGGAUUGCAGAGCUUGUCUUUGAGAAGACCCCUAAGUGUGUGGUCCAUGCUGUCAAGACGUCAUGCAAAGAAAUGGCUUACUCAUGGAGCUUUCAGGAUGAGCUUCACUUCUUUGAAGAGUUCAAGAACUUUUACUUGUUUGUUCAUUCUUCUUAAGCCACAGACCACAGUUAAGAAGAGCAAACAUACGACAGAUUUGUAGUAGAGUCAAAACAUCUUUAUCUACUAUAAAAAAAUACUGACUAUUUUGAUAAGCCACUAACCAUGUUCUCUUUUAAUGCUGAAGAUUUUUGAAUGCUGUGUGAGUUUUUCAAUCUUUGUCAGUUAUAAACACUGCAUUUGCAGUUUUAAAAAGUGCCUUAUGAUUUGUAUCUCAGUUAUAUCUUUGGGUAAUUUUGUAUGUCUUGGGUAAAAAAAUUACUGAUUAGCUUUAUGAAGGCUAUUAGGCCAUCCUGAAAUAAAUCAGUAUCAGGAUCUAAUGAAAUUUAACAAAUUCUCCUGGAUGCAAUAAUGCUGUUCAUUGUAUUUUAAAAUUUUGCAAAGACUUCUUCAUGUCUUCUUCAUUACAGCUGUUUGUCCCUGUGUGUAUGCUAUGGUGUGUUUACCCUCACAGACUUGGGUUCUUAAGGACACUAUCAGACCUUGAAUUGCUGCGUUAAAACCUGGACAUGUAAGAACAUGUCAUGAAAGGAAAAAAAGUUGUUUCCUUAUGAACCCUUUCCAGCCUGUUGGACUGCUGAACUGUCACAGGUUUUUUUUUUUUAUUGCAUACUGAUUAAAAUAUGCCUCCAAUUUUACUUAACUAAUAUACAAACCCAGAAUUAUACAGAUUUUUUAUGCUUUGUUCACCCUGGAUUCAGAUAUAUCAAUAAGAUGCUACAUGUUGGUCUUGACAUGAUUUAAAAAUAUCAUGCAAAGGAGUGCACAAUUCUCAUCUGUACUCCAAACAACCAUUCAGCUGCUAUUCAGAUAUUUUACACUAAUAUAUGAUGGUCAUGUGAUUUUUAGUUAAACACACUGCUGUUACCAAUCUGACUUUCUAUUCUUACCAACCAGCUUAGGAAACAUUUCUUUCCAUUUCACUACAAAAUUACACAAGUAUUAUGUUUUCAGUUAUACGGUCAAUCAGUAAUAACACUAUAGCAGUAGGUAUGCAUUGUAAUUUUUGCCUCCUAAAUAUAUAUUUUUUUGUAUUAAAGGAGAAAGUAAACAGCAUUUAUAUCAAAUUUCAUUUGAGACUGAUUCUGGGUCAGUUAGUUAUCUAAGUCAGAUUCAGCAAGUGUGAGCAAGCAAUCUGAGCUAGUUGAGCAGGUUAUACACCUGAAAUGCACCUUUGAUUAAUUACCAAAAUGUCUACGCUUUUUACAAGACUUUCAUACUGGUUCUCUUUUGUUUGUUCUUCCACUUAUUAUUUUGCAGUGGAGGUUUUUUCAGCUGUCCAACAACACCUUUGCUUACAGCUUAUGGCUGAUUGUAGCUCACAGUACCCCUUUAUGAGGUUUAGCAUUUUCAAACCUGUCAUACCUUUUCAUGAUAUAAACUUUACAUUGUAAAUGCAGAGAAAUAUACACAGUACAAUAUAAAUAAUUGAGUUUGGUUGUCUUUAUUUAAUCAUUUAAUUAACUUCAAACAUAUAAAUCAGCAGAGGAUUAUAUAGCGGGUGUCCCCUUGCACAAUCUUGGUUUCAGGUAAGGAUAUUUUCUUAUUUUUUCUGCAGAUCAUGGCCCAUUCAGUGUAACAGCAGAAGAGAAGUUACCCACACACUUCAGUGGAGAAAUAGAUGUGGUUGUGCACUGGGUGAAACACCCUUCUUACUCUGUAAUUAUGCACAGGAACAGCGGAUUGUUGGGUAUCUAUAUAAGGCUCCAUUCCACUGCACCCUGCAUGCAAAAAAUACAUUACCACAGAAAUAAAUGUUAAACUUCAUGACUAAAAACAAGGCUAGAUCCAGGCAAGGUUUGGAACAAAACAAUCAAAAAAGUUUUUUGGUCCAUUUUGAGUUUCUGAAAUGCAAACUAUGUUGCUGAAACAAUGAGUGUACAGGUCUUGUGUAGACUCGGCAUGUGAUUAUACUGUACAGUUGAGUCCAAAAUCUUGCGUCUCCAUUGGAUAAAAAGAGGAUGAUAAAGAAAUUAGUGUAUUAACAGAUGGUCUUUUAUAAAUGUUUCCAUAGUACUUAUACAAGGACUUGGUGGACGCUGUACAUAAACUGAUUAAAAAAAAGUAUGACUGUUGGUAAGUUUUUAUGUAAGGAAAUGUUUAUUUAACAUCUCCAGUGUAACAGUCAGAGGUAAAGCUGUAACUUUAAUUUUUCCAACAUCUUCAGGAAAGAGGAAUUUAUGCUUUGUAGUUUAUGGUAACAUGAGAAGCUGUUUAUAGCUCCUACAUGCUGUUUAUAGAUGCUAUAAUGUGCUAUAAAUUGAUAAGUGAAACUAACUUGUUUCAUGGACAUUCCACAACUUUGAAUGUAACUAUAAAUUGAUAAAAUAAAAAUGUUAGCAUUGGCAAUUUGUUGUGGUAUAACAGGAAUAAAACAUUUCAGGUGGUGACAGUAAAUCUUCACAUCGAGCCACACCACAGCACCAAGUUGUUGAUACAUUUGUAGCUAUUUGAACAGUCAGAGGGCCAGAAAUUGCAUUUAGCUGUCUUCAAUCGACUCAUUAACUACAGAACAGGUCAUGACAGUUGGCAAGUGUGUUCUUUUUAUGAUCGUAUAUAUACUGCGUUUGAAUAUAUAUCUUGCUAUGGGUGUAGUUUCUAAAUUUUUAUACAGUACGCUGCAUUAAGAUUUUCUAGU